CCGGGUAGGCCGCUCCCCGUUGCCCGGUAACCGCCUCUUGCCGGAAGUGACGCGCCGGAAGCGGAAGCGGCGCCAUGAAGCUGCUGACCCACAACCUGCUGAGCUCCCACGUGCCGGGGCUGCGGCCCGGGGGCGGAUUCCCCCUCCGGAUCGAGGCCGCCGAGGUUCGCGUCCGCCCGGUGCCGUUCAACGCCGCCUUCGUGUCCCGGUUGGUGCCGCGGCUGCGCUGGGACGCGCUCAGGGAGGCGGCGGAAAGCUUGGGGCGCCCCUCGGAGCUGCCCCCCGAGCCCAGCCCGGGCUACGAGGCCGACGAGGAAUUCCUGCGGCGCCUCCACCACGUCCUGCUCGAGGUGGAGGUGCUGGAGGGGUCCCUGCAGUGCCCGGACUCGGGGCGGCGCUUCCCCAUCUCCAGGGGGGUCCCAAAUCUGCUCCUGAGCGAGGACGAGGCCUGAGGGGGCUCGGGACCCCCCCAAAAUGGAGCUCAGCCCCUCCCCCCGAGGAAGAGCAGAAAAACCCCAAAUUCCAAUGGUUUUACCCCCAAAAAUGGGGCCUGAACGUCACCCCGACGUUCAAGCGUUAUGGGGCGUGGUUUCACUUUACCUCAUUUGCAUAUAGGCGUGGUCAUCGAUACACCACUUCUCUAUCAAAUUAUUAUUUCCUUAUUUGCAUUUUGGGCGGGAAUUUGCAUAAUGAGUGGGGAAAUUCCCAGGUUUUGCCCCCAAAUUCCCAUUUUUUGCCUCCAAAUUCCCUUUUUUUUCUCCCUAAGUUUCUCCUUCCCUCCCAAACUUCACAGUUGUGCCCCAAACCCUUUCUUUCUCAGAAUUUCACCAUUAUUUUCUCCCCAAAUUCCACUUUUUAUCCCAAAUCUUCCCGUUUUGCCCUGAAUUCCUCUCCUUUCUCCCAGUUCCUCCCUUGUGCCCCCAAAUUUGAAUUUUCCUCCAAUAUCUCUUUUUUUGCCCUCAUUUUUUAUAUUUUUCCACCAAAUACUCCUUUAUGCCAAAUCCCUCCUUUUCACUCCUAAAUGUUUUAUUUCUAUUCCAAAUCUCCAGUUUUUCCCAAAAUCCCAUCUUUUAUCCCCAUGUUUCUCUACCCCACGUUCUGCCUUGUUGUAUUUGUAAUAUUUCCCAUCAAUUCAAUAAAAUCCCUUUUUUUUGCCCGA